CCAAUCCCACAUCUUUUCACCCAACAUGCCUUCCUCUUUCCAGCUUCACCGGACCAUCGCCACCGUAGGCAGCUACCACAACCACCACCAAAGACAACACCCUCAACCCACCACCCUCACGACCUUUUUCCCUGUCCCCACCGGUGUUUCCGUCCCCGACAUGGUCUCGGCUUACCACACCCAUAACUUGCGUCCUAAUCAGUGUUGCUCCGGCGUGGUCCAAUCCAUAAAAGCCCCGGUGGAAACCGUCUGGUCGGUCGUUCGCCGUUUCGAUAACCCUCAGGCUUACAAGCACUUCCUUAAAAGCUGUCAAGUCAUAGUCGGCGACGGCAACGUAGGCAGCCUCCGUGAAGUCCACGUGAUAUCAGGUCUCCCCGCCGACUUCAGCACCGAAAGGCUCGAGAUCCUCGACGAUGAACGUCACGUGCUUAGUUUCAGCGUGGUCGGCGGUGUUCAUAGGUUGAACAAUUACAAGUCCGUCACGACUCUACACGCUUCCGGUAACGGGACAGUCGUCGUCGAGUCGUUCGUCGUCGAUAUACCACAGGGUAAUACAGGAGAUGAUACAUGCACUUUUGUUGAUACUAUUGUACGUUGCAACCUUCAAUCUUUGGCUCAAAUGGCUGAAAAUAUGGCAACAUCAUCCAUUUAAUUUUCCCCUAAAUUAGCUCUCUUUAUUCUUUUUUUUUUCUCGACACGAAAUCGAUUAAUGACGAGGAAUGAAAUAUUUAUUAAUGAAAUUUUGUAUCGAGAUUCAUAGAUCAAAAUCAAACCUUAAUGAAGUUGAAGGAGAUUGUAUGUGACCAUAGUAGUAUCAAUGAUCUAAUUUGUACGUUAACAGUCAAUUUGUAUGUAAUUGUGAAUGUAUUUCCUUCUUUGUUUCAAUGGAGAAAGGCUUUUAGUUUUA